AUCCUGGGAGCUGACUGUUAAAAGCGGUUAUCAAACGCGCUUUCCCUUUACCAACAUUCCAUUGGAAAUGAACCAAUCCUCUAGGGACAACGAACAUCUCUCCGGCAUGUAUAACCUUCGAGAACAGAGUGUUGUUAGUAGUCAAGAACCCGACAAAAACCGAUCCUUCGAUCACAACUCCAGCUUCGGUUGCACGCGGGUGCGAGUGAGGCGGGUUUACACCUCCUGGAGCGAAUUCAACGUUGUUCAUCGAGAGUCCUAAAGUGUUUAGACCCGGAAAAGUUAAGACGUUGGCGGGAGACACGGCUACCCCGUUAGCGUUCGUGGUGUUUAAAGGAGCACCUAAGCCAGAGAAGAAGAAGUCAGAAGCGGAGA